AUGAGGAUCGUGGCGACUAUCGGUGUAUGGGUUGGAUUAUCUGCGGUUGCGGCGUUCGCAAGUGAUAUCCUUAAACCAGAAGCUGAUUAUCGAGAUUUUCGGCUUUAUCAGCUUUACAAUGGCAUACGCGCCAUAGCUGUGCAUCACCCCCGUUCAACUGAGACAGGCUUCGCCGUCGCUGCAAAUGCUGGCAGUUUGUAUGAUCCUGUAGAAAUUCCUGGACUGGCGCACUUUUUAGAACAUAUGCUGUUCCUCGGGACAGAGAAAUAUCCAGAUCCCAAGAGCUACGACAGCUUCUUGACGGAAAACGGGGGAUCCAAUAAUGCAUACACAGACGAAGAAAAAACCGUUUUCUUCAAUAAGGUCAAGGACAACGCUUUUGAAGAAGCCUUGGAUCGGUUCGCUGAAUUCUUCAAAGCGCCAUUGUUCAAUCGUCAAUACGAAGAGAAGGAAGUCAAUGCUAUCGAAGCGGAACAUCAAAAGAACAUCCCCAACGAUGAUGAUCGAGUGUGGUACACUAUACGUAUGCUGGCCAAAGGACCCAUGUCUCACUUUUCCACUGGGAACUACGAGACCUUGAGCACCAUCCCUAAGGCGAAAGGGAUUGACGUCGUGGAACGGCUUCAAGAUUUUCACAACAAGUACUACUGCGGAUCCAACAUGGUUGCUGUGACGAUUUCCCCCAAAUCGCUUGAUGAACAAGAGUCCCUCGUCAGAGAGAAGCUCCAAGGCAUUUCACCGGGCCAUGCUGACUGGCUUGGGAUGGUGGAGUGUCCUGGCCCGAUGUUCGAUACUGUCACGCCUUUUGACAGCAGUAAUACUGGAAAGUUCAUCCACCUCCAGAGUUUCUCCCCAGAGCCUCGUCUAUGGAUGGCCUUUGGCCUCCCACCUACGCUUACAUCUUACAAAAGUCAACCUACCAGCGUACUGUCGUACCUGCUCGAAUAUACUGGAGAGGGGUCUUUGGCACAGCGACUCCGGCUUCUCGGUCUGGCGAAUGGCAUUACCCCUGUUGUGGAUAGAAAUACCGUUACUACACUAUUUGGCAUAAAAGUCGACCUAACUCAGAAGGGCGCUGCCCACCGCGGUCUCGUUCUCCAGGAAAUAUUUUCAUACAUCAACUUUUUACGUGAUCAUGGCGUCGGACAUGAUUUGGUUGCAUCUCUGGCUCAGCAGUCGCAAAUCGAUUUCCAUACAACGCAACCAGGAUCAUCACUCAUGGAGGAAGCAGCACGACUCGCCCACAAUUUGCUAACCUACGAGCCGUACGAUGUCAUCGCGGGAGAUUCGCUGCUGAUUGACGCUGACCCCCGUCUCACGAACCAGCUACUUCAACAGAUGUCCCCGUCAAGCGCAAUAAUUGCAUUUUCAGAUCCAGAGUUUACUUCCAAGAUAGAGGACUUCCAAACAGACCCUUACUAUGGCGUGCAAUUCAAAGUGCUUGAUAUCCCACAGCACCACGUAGUAGCCAUGACCGUCUUGACUGCCUCCCCAAACGCUUUUCGCAUGCCACCGCCUCUACUACACAUUCCUGAGGCAUCUGAACUAAAAAUUAUACCCGGUCUCCUGGGUCUCACGAAGCCAGAACUCAUCAGCGAGCAAGGGGGAAACACAGGAACGGCUGUGUGGUGGCAAGGCCAAGGAUCCUUUGCCCUCCCACGGAUCGCUGUACAGAUCAAUGCGAGCAUUCCAAAAACAAAAGCCGACCUGCUCUCCAGGACGCAAGGUUCUGUUGCACUUGCAGCUCUGGCAGAGCACCUACAGGAGGAAACUGUGGACUUCCAAAAUUGUGGCAUUAGCCAUAGCUUGGGUUUCAGAGGAAGCGGUUUCCAUGUGGCAUUUGAAGGCUACACACGAACGCAGCUCAUCAAACUUAUGUCCCACGUUGCUGACUUGCUGCGGGAUCCAUCGAUUGUGGAGCAAGAGCGCUUUGAGAGAGUAAAAGACAGACAAAUGAAGCUCCUCGCUGAUCCCACCACCAGCUUGGCGUUUGAACACGCCCUCGAGGCUGCGGCGGUUCUAACGCGCAACGACGCAUUUAGUCGCAAGGAUUUACUGAAUGCCCUUGAACAGACAACGUAUGAGAACUCCUUUGCCAAGCUUAAGGAACUGAAGAACGUUCAUGUUGACGCAUUUGUUAUGGGGAACGUGGAUCGCGACCAAUCUCUUGGACUUGUCGAAGACUUCCUACAGCAGGCUGGUUUCACUCCCAUCAGUCAUGACCAAGCUGUGCAAUCUCUUGCAAUGGAGCAGAGGCAGACCAUUGAAGCAACUCUUGCAAACCCAAUCAAGGGAGAUAAGAACCACGCCACUUUGAUCCAGCUCCAGUUGGGCAUUCCUUCAAUCGAGGACCGCGUGAAUCUCUUCGUACUGAGCCAAUUUCUCAACCGUAGAAUCUACGAUUCCCUCCGCACGGAGGCACAGCUGGGAUAUAUUGCAGGAGCAAAGGAGUCCCAGGCCAGCUCUACCGCCUUACUUCAUUGUUUUCUGGAGGGCUCAAAAAGCCAUCCUGACGAAGUUGUUAAAAUGAUUGAUGCUGAACUGCAGAAAGCAACAGAUUACCUUGCCAACAUGGUAGACAACGAAUUGAUGCGCUGGAAGGACUCUGUUCGUGCUCAGUUAACGAAGAAGGAGGCAAAUUUCUCGGAAGAAUUCGCGAAGUCUGCGGGAGAGAUAUUCCUUCAUUCAAAUUGCUUCGAAAAGAAGGAAUUGGAACUGCAGUAUCUCGAAAGCGAUUUUUCCUUAAAACAGUUGCUUCGCACCUUUUCGAAGCUCUCUGAUCCGUCGAGGAGAAUGGUUGUUAAGCUGAUUGCGGACACCGAACCAUCGGAGGAAGUUACACUAAUCGGCAAAACAAAAGACGCUACGCUUCUUCGCCGUCACGCUAGCGGUAAGAUUAAUGUCCAUGCGUUUAAGCCAUCCGAAAUAAAUACUUUUUUCGCUGAUGCAGCGGUCCCAGAAAAACUGCUUACUCUUGAAAACAAGCUUGUCUCCAAAGUUCAGGAAGCAAAUGGCUUUUUCCCGGAUGUGUCUGUGUGCGAGUUACAGUCUAGCCUCGUCUCACUUUUCGAACUCUUGGAGGAUCUUUGA